GGGCUGAAGGGGUAGAGGGAGACGGAGGAGUCGGGCGCUGCAGAGCUGUCACCUGAUUGGCUGGACGGUCAGGGCUGGGCUAUAAAAGAGACCCCUACAGGCUUGGGAGCGAGACGCGCUCAGAGGAUUCUGACAGCAUCUUCACCAGCAGAAAGGCGAAGUGCGCUGAAAACAGAAGCCACAGCUCCUCCUGCCGCAUUUUUUUCCUGCUUGCGAUUUUCACCCUGUUAGCCAAGAUGUGCAAAGGACUUGCAGGACUGCCGGCUUCUUGCUUGAGAAGUGCAAAAGAUAUGAAACAUCGGCUGGGUUUCCUGCUGCAGAAGUCUGAUUCCUGUGAACAUAAUUCUUCCCACAGCAAGAAGGACAAAGUGGUUAUUUGCCAGAGAGUGAGCCAAGAGGAAGUCAAAAAAUGGGCUGAAUCACUGGAAAACCUGAUUAGCCAUGAAUGUGGGCUGGCAGCUUUCAAAGCUUUCCUGAAGUCUGAAUAUAGUGAGGAGAACAUUGACUUCUGGAUCAGCUGUGAAGAGUACAAGAAAAUCAAAUCACCAUCUAAACUAAGUCCCAAGGCCAAAAAGAUCUAUAAUGAAUUCAUCUCAGUCCAGGCAACCAAGGAGGUGAACCUAGACUCUUGCACCAGGGAGGAGACAAGCAGGAACAUGCUGGAGCCUACCAUAACCUGCUUUGAUGAGGCUCAGAAGAAGAUUUUCAACCUAAUGGAGAAGGAUUCAUAUCGCCGCUUCCUCAAGUCUCGAUUCUAUCUUGAUCUGGCUAAUCCUGCCAGCACUGGGUCGGAGAAGCAGAAAGGAGCCAAGAGUUCUGCAGACUGUGCUUCCCUGGUCCCCCAGUGUGCAUAAUUCUCACUUGGAGGCGGAGGCUAAAACGCCAAGACUCUAUGCUCUGGGAAACCUGAGGCCAAAUAUCAAUCUGUAUUAAGCUCCAGUGCUUUAUCCACAUUGUAGCCUAAUAUUCAUGCCGCCUGCCAUGUGUGAGUCACUUCCCGGUAGAAACUAGAGAUCGUUUGGUGUUCGAGUGUUCAUCAGGAUGGGACCCCAUUUUCCCAAGUUUCUUUUAGGGUGCCAUGUAAGUUUCUAAAUGAUGGCCCUUUGGGUCUGGAUUUUCAAAGAUAUUGGCAAUUCUCUCCUCCCAACAGUUUGACCUCAGGCUGGUUGGUUAGGACAUUUCAUGUGACCUCCGCGUGCACAUGUCUUUUGUUAGCCAGCACUUUCUCCAGACUCGGGAUGUUUAGAUGAGGCUGACCCAUUAUCUGUACAUUUGUGUGUGUGUAUAUAUAUUUUCUAUAUGUGUGUGUUUAUAUAUAUAUACACAAGCACACAUGCCUUCUGUGGGUGCGUGUAUCUAUGUAGAUGUUUGUGUAUACAUGUGAGUAUGAGCUGCAAGAGUAGAUGGGAAAGACCCCAGGUGCUCAUAGUUAGAUGUGUAUGUGCAUGCACAUGUGUGUUCUGAUCUCUGGCCUUUCAUACUACAUUUGAACAGGGCAAACCAAACGGAUUGCCACGCAGGCUAAGAGAGAAAUGCUAACGUGUAGAGAGCUGGUUCUGUAAAGCUCCAUCAGUCUUGCUGGACAGGCAUCCAAGGGACUUCAUGUUUCAUUUAACCACUGAGGGCCUCCACCUUGAGCACUAUUCUAAGGAGCGAGUAUCAUACAGACACAGCUUUCUUGGGCUGGUUAUCACUAAUAGCACUUUUGAGUUCCUAAGCUGCUGGCCUUCCCUUCUUUGCCCAGGUGCUCAGGUCAUGCUUAACAGCAGCUGGGUUGGUCUGGGUCUGCAGCUGGUAGCUGGGAUGCGCAAGCUGAAUGAUUCCCUUAAGUAGGUAAGGCCUUGCCAGCUAUUCCUACCGUAAGCUACUGGCUGAGCAAGGGCACCAUUGAAAGGUUACUGUUCUGAGCUUCUGUCCUUUGUUCUUCUCCUGAUCAAGGUGCUCUCCUCAUUUUUUUUUUUCCCCUGAGAAACUUAGGCAUCAGAUGAGGCUCCUUAGUUCACUGUAGCUGGUUGGUCGCAUUUUUUGCCAAAAUGGCUUGAGGCUAUAAGCCUUUAUUUGUAAACCAGCAACAGGGGAGAGUUUAUAUGUUAUAAAGGGUGAGACGAGUUUUCACAAACCGAAACGCCCUCAUGAUGAGUUUUCUCUUUCAAGACCCAAUCUUGUUCAUUUUAUCCCAACAUCAGAGAUAACCGAGACCGAGGGCAUUUUUUCCUAGCCUCUGAGACUAAAUGAGAGGAAGAGAAAGGGAAAGAAAAAGUUGGGUGGGGUGGGUACCUGUUGUUAGAACUACUGACUACGGUUUGGAACUUUUCAAGGCACGUGAAAUACUUGAAAAUUUCUCAUUCAUGUUAUUUAUGAUGUUUUGUACAAUGUUUUUAUUAUUAUAUUGUUUUAUAAAUGGAGGUGCAGAAUAUCACCUGAAUUAUUAAUGAAUGUCCAGGAAGUAAUUUUCUUCUCAUUCUUCUCUACCUACUGCCUUUGGAAGCGCACACACACGCACACACUCCACCCAUUGCUCUAAUAUAAAUUAUAUGCAUGAACACGCUUGUGGCUUCUAAGCCAGUGUACCAGGCUGCAAAAUGAAGACACCAGAGUAUGUGCAUACGACUCAUCGUGUUAAAGAUGUAGGUUUCUAAUUGUACCCUUCUUGCCCCUCUGGCAGUCCUGCUCUAACUAUCCCUGGAGUUCCUCAUCCGUGUCCCUUUCUAUUACACACAAUUUCACGAUUUUGUCUCUAGUCGACUUCAAAUGUGUAAUUUUAUUGGUCUUGCCCUCUGAGAAUUGUCAUCACUUUCAGAUUGUACCUGAACUCACAGACUGCUGUCUCACAAAUAGGUCUGGAAAGUCAUUCUGAAUGAGAAGUAAAUUAUUUUAUGUAAUACAUUAUUGAGUGUGUUUUUCAAUGUAUUUUCCUGUGAUUUCAUCACCAUUCAAUAUGGCGCCCUGACCUGCACAUGGCCUGUGGACAGAGUGCUCCUUUCAUAUGCAUGCCUGUCUCUCUCAUAUGCUUCAUACCUAGGCCUCUGAGCUGAUGCUUCCAGUGAAACACACGCAUCUUAAUAAUAAGGGUAAAUAAACGCUUCCUA